AUGUCUUUCAGGUUGCUCCUUCUCUACCAUGGACUGUGCCUUGCCAUGUUGGAGGUUUCAGCGCACACCGUGGAGCUAAACGAAAUGUUUGGUCAGAUCCAGUCCCCUGGCUAUCCAGAUUCCUAUCCAAGUGACUCCGAAGUGACUUGGAAUAUUACUGUCCCCGAGGGGUUCCGGAUCAAGCUUUACUUUAUGCACUUCAACUUGGAAUCCUCCUAUCUUUGUGAAUAUGACUACGUGAAGGUAGAAACAGAAGACCAGGUGCUGGCAACCUUCUGUGGCAGGGAGACCACUGACACGGAGCAGACCCCCGGCCAGGAGGUGGUUCUUUCCCCUGGCUCCUUCAUGUCCGUCACUUUCUGCUCAGAUUUCUCCAAUGAGGAGCGAUUCACCGGCUUUGAUGCCCACUACAUGGCUGUAGAUGUCGAUGAAUGCAAGGAGAGAGAAGAUGAAGAACUUUCCUGUGACCACUACUGUCACAACUAUAUCGGUGGCUACUACUGCUCCUGCCGCUUCGGCUACAUCCUCCACACAGACAACAGGACCUGCCGAGUGGAAUGCAGUGGCAAUCUCUUUACCCAGAGGACCGGCACCAUCACUAGCCCCGAUUACCCUAACCCUUACCCCAAGAGCUCUGAAUGUUCUUAUACCAUUGAUCUGGAGGAGGGCUUCAUGGUCAGCCUGCAGUUUGAGGACAUUUUUGACAUCGAGGACCACCCUGAGGUGCCCUGUCCAUAUGACUACAUUAAGAUUAAAGCUGGUCCAAAAGUAUGGGGGCCCUUCUGUGGAGAAACAUCCCCGGAGCCAAUCAGCACCCAGAGUCACAGUGUCCAGAUCCUAUUCCGCAGCGACAACUCAGGAGAGAACAGAGGCUGGAGGCUCUCCUACAGAGCAGCAGGAAACGAGUGCCCAAAGCUACAGCCUCCUCUGUUCGGGAAAAUCGAGCCCUCGCAAGCCGUAUACUCCUUCAAAGACCAAGCGCUCAUCAGCUGUGACACGGGCUACAAAGUGCUGAAGGAUAGUGAGAUAAUGGAUACGUUCCAGAUUGAAUGUCUGAAGGACGGAACAUGGAGUAACAAGAUCCCUACCUGUAAAAUUGUAGACUGUGGAAUCCCAGCAGGGUUGAAACAUGGAAUGGUGACCUUCUCCACAAGAAACAACCUCACUACGUACAAAUCUGAGAUAAGAUACUCCUGCCAGCAGCCCUAUUACAAGAUGCUUCACAAUGUCACUGGUGUCUAUACGUGUUCUGCAAAUGGGGCCUGGACAAACGAAGUACUCAAGAGAAGCCUCCCCACCUGCCUUCCAGUGUGUGGUCUUCCCAAGUUCUCCCGGAAGCAGAUCUCCAGGAUCUUCAGUGGCCGCCCAGCCCAGAAGGGUACCACUCCAUGGAUUGCCAUGCUGUCACACCUGAACGGGCAACCCUUCUGUGGGGGUAGCCUUUUAGGUACCAACUGGGUUUUGACAGCAGCUCACUGCCUCCACCAUCCACUCGAUCCAGAAAAUCCAACCCUACACAGCUCAGACUUGCUCGGCCCUUCUGACUUCAAAAUUGUCAUGGGAAAACACUGGAGGCGCCGCUCAGAUGAAGACGAACAGCAUCUGAGUGUGAUGCGCGUCGUCCUGCACCCCUUGUACAACCCCAGCACAUUUGAGAACGACCUAGGUCUGGUGGAGCUGUCGGAGAGCCCAAGGCUAAAUGAAUUUGUGAUGCCUGUCUGCCUGCCUGAGCAUCCCUCCGCUGAAGGAACCAUGGUCAUUGUCAGCGGCUGGGGGAAGCAGUUCUUACAGAGGCUUCCAGAGAACCUGAUGGAGAUCGAAAUCCCAAUUGUCAACUACGACACCUGCCAGGAGGCCUAUGCCCCAUUGAAGAAGAAAGUGACCAAGGACAUGAUCUGUGCUGGAGAAAAGGAAGGGGGAAAAGACGCCUGUGCCGGUGACUCUGGAGGCCCCAUGAUGACCAAAGAUCAAGAAACAAACCAAUGGUACCUGGUGGGCGUAGUGUCCUGGGGCGAGGAUUGUGGGAAGAAAGAUCGCUAUGGAGUAUAUUCUUACAUCUAUCCCAACAAGGACUGGAUCCAGAGAGUCAGCAGAGUGAGGAACUGAGUAGGCUCCCCAGCCAAGCUCCCACUGGUCAGUUGCCAGCAAAAGAUCAUCGGUUGAUGCAAGCAUCAUUUCCUCCCCUGGCCCUCAAUCUUCACGCCCAUUCCUGGAUGAUAAUGGAAUUUCUUCGGCCCCUUCUCCUUGCUCUUGAUAGCAGCAAAGUAGCAGAGUGGUCAGAGUGAAAGUCUGGAUCUGGAUCCAGCAUUUACCACUUUUGGAAUGAUGGACAGCUGACCACCUCUUUAAGGCUGUAUCUUCAACCAUGAGGCACAAUGUGGCUAUACCUGAUCUACCUCACAGAAGCACGAUGAGGAGAAAGUUACUAUAUGCAUAGGACUUAAUCCCAUGUAUGAACUACACCAUGUGUUCCAUACGUGUCCACCAGGCAGGUGGGGUUCUUUUUAAACUCCUGCUUGGGUCUCAGGGAUGAUUAGCGACAGGCCCCCUCCUCCCACCCACCACCAUUUUCUCAGUCUGCCCCCUAAACUCUAAGCUUCUUCGCCAAAGACAGUGCCCCAAUCCCAGCCCCAAUCUCCCAUAAUACUGUAAAAGAAAUGAAAUUCUUAGCCCUGUGGCAUGGCGCUGCUCACACACUCAGCAAUGUAAGUACACUUGAGCUAAGCUCCAAUGGUAAGAGUGACUCAGGGAAGUAGGGGCUGGAAGGGAAUGGUGGAUUGUGAAGCCAGACAACCACCUCCAUCUUUCAUGUGUCCCUCGAUGGGUCCUUUUUCCUCAUUUGAAGGACCUUUCAAGCACUGACAUUUUAGAAUCCAACAAGGCCAUGUUUUCAAUGAUGGCUUAGACUCAAAGUAACCCCAAAGGAAAAUGUUCAUUAGACUUGAGCCCCAAAACUCUCCCACUGCCCCUGCAAUACCCACCGUGAUCCACCACACCCAGGUCCCGAAGGACACAGCCAAGGCCAAUGCAGCCAAGGAUCUUCCCCUGACUCUUAGUAGAGUAGCUCUCCUGAGCCCCACCCCCCUUCUCACCCAGAAACAUGGGCUGUUCAAGGCCCUGGCAGGCUUGCUCUCAUGCACCUGUUCUCUCCCUCCCACAUCCUAGCUGACCUUAAGCAGCCAUUGCUCUAGUUCCUGCCUCUUUGUCUCUGCAUCUGAGAACCUUCUUCUCUGGAGAACCUUCUAGAGACUUCACCCAAGACAGACUUUUCCAACAGACAGAGACCCAUCCCUGUGUCUCUGUGUAUGAAAAUUGUUCUUCAUAGAAGGCUUUGGUCCUUGAGCUGUGCUGCUGCUGCUGCUGCUAGAGCCUAGGCGAAUCUCUGGUGAAAAAGGAAAGCAGUGGGGGAUGAGGACUUGAGGAUGCUAAGCCCAGGGCUGCAUACUGGGGGACAAUUCACAGCCUGCUUCUAUUUCUCUGAGCAAGUCAUUCUGCCUCUCUAAAGUUUGCUCUUGAUUCUGUAAGGAGAUGGCACUUGGACAUCAGAUACCACUCAAGAAAGCUGGUAUGCUAUUGUACUAACUGGUUCUGUGUGCCAACUUGACACAAGCUAGAGUCAUCAGAGAGAACGGAGCCUCAGUUGAGGAAAUUCCUCUAGGAGAUCCAGCUGUAAGACAUUUUCUCAAUUAGUGAUCAAUAGAGAAGGCCCAGGCCAUGGUGGUGUCAACCAUGGGCUGGAAAUCCUGGGUUCUAUAAGAAAGUAGGAUGAGCAAGCCAGGAGAAGCAAGCCAAUAAGCAGCACCCUUCCAUGGCCUCUGCAUCAGCUCCUGCCUCCAGGAUCUUGCCUUUUUUGAGUUCCUGUCCUGACUUCCUCCAGUGAUCGAAUAUGAUCUGAACGUAUAAGCCAAAUAAACCCUUUCCUUCCCAACCUGCUUUUUGGUCAUGGUGUUUCAUCACAGCAAUAGAAACCCUAAGACAUCUAUUUAGGUUCCUGAUGAAGACUUUUGAUGCAGUUUUGAAACUGUUUCGAGGCAGUGAGCCUUCCCACUGAGCAGUGUGCUGGUCCAGGUCAUGCUGACGGCAGCAUCAGGACCAAGGCAGUGAGGAGAAUACAGGCCCUACCUUCUCAAAGCUCCUACUGGCACAUAUGUGACUGCCGUAUGGGCAUGACCUCUGGUGAGUGUAGGGGAGGAAGACCUUCAGAGAGUGUGUUUUUCCACAAGCGAGGCCAAGAGGACUCUGGGAGGAUGAGCAGGGAUCCCUGUCCACUCAAGCUUUCUCAAUAACCCCAGCUCCUCCCACAAAAAUCAUAUUUCCAGGAAACCAGCAUUUAAGCAUGAGAAUCAACAUCUAAAUGGGCCUCUCUCCUUAGAAGAAGAAUACUUAACAACGCUUUAAAAGCAUUGGGAUUUCUGUGCAGAUGCCAAUUUCUGGCUGGGCCCAGUUUAUCCUACUUAUCCUCCAAAUUGUAACUUCAUCCUUAUCUUGCAAAAAUAACUAAUAGGCCCAUGGAACUUCAACCUUGUCCAAUAAGCAUCGGUUAGAAGAUGUGGUGGUUUGAACAUAAACGGCCCCCAUUGGCUCAUGUAUCUGAAGGCUCGGUCAUCAGGCCGAGUGGCACUAUUUGAGAAGAAUUAAAAGGUGUGACCUUGUUAGAGUAGGCACGGCCUUGUUAGAGGAAGUGUGUCACUUUGGGUGAACUUUAAGGUUGUCAAAAGUCCAAGCUAGGACCAGGGGCUCUCGUUUCCUGCUGCCUGUGGAUCCAAAAGUAAGACUCUCAGCUUCUUCUCAACCUGCGUGCCAUCAUGCACCCUGCCAUUAUGAAAAUGGACCGAACCUCUGAAGCUGUAAGCAAGUCACAAUUAAAUGCUUUCUUUUUAUAAGAGUUGCCAUGGUCAUGGAGUCUCUUCAAAGCAAUAGAAGACUAAAGCAACAGAAGUCUCCAAACUGCUGUUGUGGUCCAAGAAACUUGAUCUCCUAGAACCACAGAAACAGAAAGAUGGUGUAGCCAUGAGGACCACCGUGUCUAAGUUCAUAACCCAAUGCUAGCAGACUCACCACCUUCAAAGCCAGCCGUUUCCUAAACAAUUAGAAAAUAUGCCGCCAGAAAAAAAAAGGCCUGGCUCCAGGCAACCAGAAUCUACCUCCCGAGAAAUUAAUUUGUAUAAGGAGAGCUGUGAUUUCAUACUCUGAGCACUGUUACUAACAAUGAUGAUCAUGCCUGGGACCCAUUAGGCAAAGAAGCCAUUGUUCUUAUGGGAAACUACACAUUCGUUCCAAAAACAUCUGUGUUGAGUCAAAGAGCCCUGCUUGGCUUGUGUGCGUCUUCAUGCACCGAUGAGCCUGUGAGCCAACUGAAGCACCAUAAAGGUACUGCAACUGAACCUAGAAAGAGAAGCUCCCCACAGCUACCAACACCCCAGAGGCCCAGAUCUUGGUGUAUCAGAAUUCUCCAAUGACCUAUUGAAGUUGAUUCUAAAAAUGGGAUAUGAAAUAUAAGAUGAGCCUGGAGCAUCUGGUCGUCAGUGCCAGAAAGUAAGGAACCAUUCAAAAACCUCCUCAACGGUGGAGACAUCUCCAGAAGGCAGGGAGCCAACAGAAGGAGCCCCAGUGUCAACAGUGGAGACAUCUCCAGAAGGCAGGGAGCCAACAGAAGGAGCCCCAGUGUCAAUGGUGGAGACAUCUCCAGAAGGCAGGGAGCCAACAGAAGGAGCCCCAGUGGACAGAGCUGGAACACUGUGAGCACAAACCAAAGUUGUAUUGAAUAAUAAUCCAAAAUAUAAAACAAGUAACCACAAGUACAUAUUUUAUGGAUAAAUUGGUUAAUGAAUGCAUAACUUAUGAGGGUAGACAAGCUUGCUGUGAAGAAACUUGCCAAUCCCUUCAGGGUGAACAGGACAUAACCGUUUUCUUCCAGAAAGCAUAGUGUGGGGCUGGGUGUAGCUCAGUGGAAAACCACUUGCCUUGUGUGCACAAGGCAUCAGGUUAAAUCCCCACCAUUCUCAUGCAAGAAAACAUGCAGUAUGGGAGACGGGAAAGAGUAACUCCACAGUGCAGACAGCGGCUGAUCUACCUUGGCCAGGAAGUGAGGGUUACUAACAACAACAAGAAGCCAUAGUGAGACUGCACACAGACUGUAUCUCCCUAGUCUGCUCCGCAGACUCCACAACUCCUGCCUAGCUAUGAGAGGCAUACAGACUUAUUGUGCCUGGAGAGUAUUCUACAAAGUCUCUGACCAAUGCUCCACCAACUAUUCAGGUCAUCAUCAAAAAGAGGAGAUGCUGUUAAAAGAAAAAAAAUACUGUCAUAGUCAACAGAAACUUAGACUGGGUUAUAUUGUGCCUCCCGACACGACGUUGAUACUCUAAACCCCAGGACUUCUACAUAUGAAUUAUUGAGAAAUAGCAUCAUUACCAGUGGGAUUAAUUAAGAGGUCAUUCGAGAGCCAGCGGACCUUUUAUCCAGGCCAACCGUUAUCCUCCUAAGAGAAGAAGAGAAGACACGAAUACAUAGGGAGAGAGCACCAUGCUGGUACGAACAGAAUCCUACAGCUACACAUCGGGGAGUGUCAAGGGUUGCCACCAAGAUCCCAGGGAGCAGGGACAUGUAAGGGAGACCUCAGGACAACACCUCUGGCUUCCUGACCAUACCUCAAAGGCUCGUCACUUUAAACACUUAGUUUGGGACAUUAAUGUAGGAGACCUCACAAGCAAAGGCUUCCUGUGGGGGAUCCCAGAAUGGCUGGGGGUGGGGAUGGGGGAUGGAAUCAGGCAAACACUAAGGAGACUCAAACAAACUAUGGACUUGAUUGCUAUUGAUGUAUUCAUGUCAGUUCAUUGAUUAUGGCAAAAGCAGCGCUCAUGUAAACUGCUACAAAGCACCUCUGGAACAGACACAACUAGUGUAGGAUAUAUCGUAACUGUCUAUGCCAACAUCGCGACCUUUGUAAAUAAAAACUGGUCUGAAAUG